AGACAUGACAUACAGUCAGCGACAUUCUACUUGUACGUAUGUAAUAUAAACAUUUUUUUCAAAGUCAAGCCUUAUUUAACAACCCCGUGUACUGUAGUGAGUGUUGAAUUAAAACCCUAUGAGUAGUAGAGCACGACGUGCAAUAGAUCGUGCUAUUUGGACCACAUUUAGUACUGCAGUAGGAAUCGCGACUCAUUCUCUUCUAUCCGAGUGAUAAUUUUUUCCAUUCCAUCAUGAUCGAGCACGCGGAGAGGCUCCGCGCUUACCUGAUGGAAAUCUCAGUCGAGGACGCUCGUUACUGCCUUAUUGCCAUCGUUCUGACGCAAUGGCUCCUGUCGUCCACGGUGUCGAUGUUGAACGUCGGGAAUUUGAAGCGCCCGCUGGACCCGCUGAUCCCGAAAUUGUACGGGCCGUCGGUCUUGGAAAAGUACGAAAAAUCGAAGGCCUACAUCAUGGUAUGAAAGUGAAACUUUUAAAUUGUACAACGUGUGCCUGCGAGUUGAAGUGUUAUGCACAGUUUCCGACUGGUUCUCCCCUGGCCGUGGGGUCGGUGUACAACUAGGUGUAAAAAUUUGCCCACUGCGCAACCUAUCUUUUUUGCUCAACAACAAACCUCCUGGUGGAAAAAAAAACACUAAAUAAUAAUUCACAUCAGGAAAAGAACACCUUCGGUGAGAUUCACGGUGCUUGGGGCCAGUUUAUCGCGUUUGCACUCUGGUUCGGCAAGGGAUACCCCAUGUUGGACCAGGCCCUGAAGGCGUAUUUUAAGGACAGCGACCUCAGCCCCGCGACCUUGGGGACAAUAUACCUUUUGGUGUUGAUGUACGCGACCAGUAUCCUAGACCUGCCCUGGGGCUGGUACAGCAACUUUGUUCUGGAAGAAAAAUACGGCUUCAACCGGAUGACGCUCAUGACCUGGCUCAAGGACACACUCAAAGGGUAUAAUUUUGUUGAGAUGUUGCACGACAUGCAACACAACUGUAGGAGAAGGAUAAGGAUUGACGCUAAUGCGAAAGGCAAAGCAACUACAACCGCUAGGAUAGUUGUAAUGCACCAGCAAAUUAUUUGAAAUUUGAAUUUUUGAAAAGCAAAAGCGUCGAAGUCUGCAUGACAUUCACAUUGUUGACUCAUUGAUAAAAACAAACAGUUGGGCACUCACCCUGGUUCUUGGUGGCGGCUUUAUGUACGUCUUCCUUUUGAUCCUCACAAACUUCGCGGUGGAGCAGUAUUGGUGGCUCCUAGCGAGCUUCAUGAUGGCCUUUCAGCUCAUCAUGCUGGUCUUGCAGCCGUGGAUCAUGAAGCUAUUCCUGGAGUUCAUCCCCAUUGAAGGCGGGUUGGCGUUUGUCACAAGAGGGAAGGCGGACAAGUUCAUGAAGAAUAGGUGUUUGAUAAUUAAUGCUUUUUUUGACAUUUAUCGUUGCUGGCCAGGAGGAAGAACAAGCUGUUCUCACGCUGAGUUGUUCUUCAUCGAAUUUCCGUUGUCGCUACUGCUGAUCCAGAUUGUUGAGAUUGCUAGUACUUGAGCAGGACCCAUCCAGCAUUGCAUUGCAAUAGAUACCAACAGGAACAAAUGAAAUUUAGCAAGCAGCCUGGUACUGAUCCUGAGUUUGUCUUUGUCGAGAAAUCGAUGCACACCAUAUUUACGAAAAGGUAUUUUUACCCCUCUGCUUCCGGUGAGGAGAACGUUUUUGAAACCAGAGACUCUCAAUACAAGGGCCAGGCGAAGGGGAGUUGUCUGCAGCUCCGGCAAAUCGACAGCAAGUGGGUCAUUUGCGAGAAGGAUAACAACGAAACCGUCCACGCAACCGCUGCCUCAAGUAGUAGCUCCAUGCCCCAGGACGUGUCCAGUUGGGACUACAAAUGCACGGAGAAAAAGGACGACAAAGCGGCAUCCGAUAACGCCACGGAUUCACUAUUGGCAGAAAAAUCCUCCGAAGGCGAAGAAUCAUCCGCGACAAAACGAGCGGCCAAUAACGACGAGGAGGAGUCAAAGCCGUUGUGGGUGAAAAAAAUCGACAUGGGCGACUUGAGAUCACGACUCGAGUCCAUGGCAAACGAACACAAAUUCAAAUUCCAAGCCGUGUACAGUUGUGAUUCUUGUGUUGUUUACUCUUUGUAUUAUAGUAUUUUGGCAGCCUGGUGUCCACAAAAGUUUUUCGCGGCGGAAGAAUGUUCUUAAGUAGGAUAGAAGCGCAAGCGCACGAGCACGACGAUGGUUUCCAUGAUCGCAUUCGAGACUACUUACGUCAACAUCAAAAACGCAAUCAUGCACAGCUACAUCAUCGACGGCAGUACCCGGUCGGAACACUCGAAUGCGUUUUUCAUGGGUUUCGGGUGGUUCCGGAAGAUCUGCCUGUACGAUACGCUGUUGAAAAACCUCUCCGUCGACAGCGUCUGUGGCAUCAUGGGGCACGAGAUGGGGCACUGCGUCAUGCUGCACAUUCCGAAGAACGUGGUUUUUGCGGCCGUCCAGUCCUUUUUCAUGCUCUACUGCAUCGCACAGUUCUUGUACAACAAAACCCUGCACGCGGCCUUCUUCGUGGACGUUUCCGAUCCGGCCAACAUCACGCCCUGGAUUGGCUUGAUCAUUGUGCAGAACUUACUCACCCCACUCUUUUUCUUCCUCGGUCUCUUGUCCAACUACCGAACAAGAAAAUACGAGUACGAAGCGGACCAGUUUGCCGUGGAAAGUUUCGAGAAAAACUACGCCCAGGACCUCAUCACGGGACUGAAAGGUAUUUGCUUACUACUGGCGAAGAUACACCAGCGUAGAUGUGAGCAUACAGCAUUCGUGAUCGUAAUCUGUCGCCUCUGACUUCUAAAAACAUUUCGUGGGGGCGGUGGAAGACAAAUUUCUAUCGGCACACGCUGUUGCAUGCAUGCACAACUGGUGCAGCUUCAAUGAAAUAUGGAGCUCCUGGUCUGCUCCCCUCCGCCUUUGCUUUAUUUUGCGAUAGAAUUUUUGCUGUCGAAAUGAAAAAUUCCUAGGUCUUCUUAUGGAAAACAAGUCGCAUUUGAACCCUCAUUGGCUCUAUGUGAUGCUGAAUCACUCCCAUCCGACAUUGACGCAACGAGUCCGGUGGAUUCAGUCCCUGUCAACGAAACGCGAGGGAAAGGACAUUAUCCGCCUGGACGCGUGAGGAUGAAACACCGCGGUAGCAGCGCCUGCGUAAUUUCUUUUCGAUGUAGUACGUAACAACCAGCUACAGUGGUCCUCGUGGUAAGGCAGCGGCCAAGGAGCUGGACGUGCUGGUGGGGAGAGUGGACGUCCCGGUAGUUAUUUGAUUCGAAAUUGCCAAGCAAGCGGAGCCCGCACCGAGACAUGAAUUUGGCCCCUGCUGAGUAGUACCCUUUCGUAAGAAGUACUUAUCCCAGCUCCGAACUACUACAAGCACAAGCUCGCCUAAAUCUCCUUGUUAGUCGUGCUGCCCAGCAGCUCCCCUGCUAUGCAAUCUACGCACGAGUGAGAGUAUUGACAGCGCCAACGAGCACUGCAGUACGCGUGCUCCAUCGAACACCGAUGGCUGUUCGCGUGCGUCAUAGAGACACAACAACGUGGUUUGAUAGGCGGACUACAAUCGUCAUAAUAGAUUGUACUUCUAACAGAAA